CAGUUGAAUCAAGUUGGCGCAAACAUGAAAAUCACUAAAUUUUAAACGUCAACCUGGAACUUAGCCAAUAUUUUUAUAAAUAUUUCAACAAGUUGUAUUUGGUGCACAUAGUCGCAAACCAGCCCACUGAUUGCGGAAAUGCCUGCUUCAAGAUUAUAAUCCCGGAACCACUAACAGACAAUAACAACCGUGACAAAGUACAAUAAACUAGUGAGAUAAUUUUGUUUGAAGUAUCUAAAGACAAUUCCAUACAGACCAAUGCAUCAGUUUGAAAACUAACCAUGAAUGAGAGUGUGAAAUGUGUUUGUCCUGUGUUGAGGAACCCUGAAACCUACAAUCCUGACACCGUCGACUUGAUUAACAACGCAAAGGAGAGAAAUUACUGGCUGCCAUGUUUAGAACAAAUGGUGAAAAAAUUCGUAAGUAAAGCUGAGAGUCUCAAUCCUGGAAAUCCACUUGCUAAACAACAAGCUGAAAGAAGUUACGAAGCUUUCCACAAACUCAUUGGCGAAUUGGCCCAAGACCCACGAGUUUUGAAGUCUCUAAGUGUUCGAACAUUGCUGGACUUCAAUGAACAAACACUCAGAUCCAACAAUUUCAAAGAUGCCUGGUACACGCAGAAAGAAAAAGAAAGUGACCUGGCUCUAUUGGAGUUCCAGGAUAGAAUUAAUACAAUUGAUUCGAUAAAAGACUUCAAUGAGAAAUGGCUUGAUUUGUGUAAAGGAGUGUUAGCUGGUAAUGUAUUUGACUGGGGAGCCAGAGCAGUAGCCGAUAUAUUGGAGCAUUCACAAAACUUUGGUUUCAGUCAAGCAUUGAACACUAUACAAAAAAGACCUUGGUUUAGGGAUGAUUUAGAUAACUGGAUUAAAAAGUUGAAGAAGAGUCCAUAUAAUACUGCGGUAAUAUUCGUAGACAAUGCAGGCGUGGAUUUUGUUUUGGGCAUUUUGCCACUGGCAAGAGAGCUCAUUAUUCAAGGAACGAGAGUGGUGCUGACAGCUAACUCAUUACCAGCCCUCAACGAUGUCACCUAUCACGAUCUGAACAUGUAUUGUUGUCGGGCUGCGCAACACUGUCCUAUUUUGAAACAGGCAAUCGCCAAUGCGCAGUUGAUCACCGUCGAAAACGGACAGGGUGGACCCUGUUUGGAUCUGACGCAGCUUUCCCCAGAUUUGUGUAAUUUGAUGGAAGAUGCUGACUUAAUAAUACUAGAAGGAAUGGGACGGGCGGUCCACACGAAUUUAUAUGCAAAAUUUAAAAUAGACAGCGUGAAGAUGGCCGUUUUGAAGAACGAAUGGUUGGCGAACAGUCUUGGUGCCCAACAAUUUGCAAUUAUAUUCACUUAUGAACCGGCAAUGUGAGUCUUACUGUACCUGAAAGCAAUGAAUAUUGAAGUAGCUUUAAUAAAACAGGGUUUUCUUACUCAAAAUAUUUUAUCAUGGUUUUCAGUUCUACGUGUUUAUAUAAGAAAACUCACUGGUUUUUUUCUUGAUUGAUUUUAAUUCGAGGACUUUGUUCUUGUUAGUAUGUGAUUUUUGUUGCCACUUGUAAUUUUAUGUAAUAAAUGAAUAACAUAUUUU